AUGGAUUCCGAACAGCCUUCAGCCGCUUCUGUCAACGCUACACUUGCCUCUGCCGAGUCUGCAUUCAAAUCUUCUCUUCCCCCUAGGAAGAGAGCUAAGACUCAAGAAGAAAAGGAGCAACGUCGUGUUGAAAGAAUUUUGCGUAAUCGGAGGGCAGCACAUGCUUCUAGAGAAAAGAAACGUAAACAUGUGGAACUUCUCGAAGAAUAUGUGGUUAAUCUUGAAGCCAAUAUGGCCAAAUUACUGGCAAACUUUAACACGGUUCACUCCAUCUUGCUGGCUUCUCAACGUCAACAAAUUGCCUCUCAAAUUGAUACAAAUGUUUUAACUGAUAUUUCCGAGUUGAAGGCAAAAAUUACUGAUAAUCUUAAUUGUUCAGUUGCUGACUUUGAGAAACAGCGUCAAAAGAAAUUGAAAGGUAGAAAACUGUCUGCCUCCAACAUUUCUGAUUCGGAAGAUGAUGAAAUGGAAGAGGAAGAUGCUUCACGUGACUCCCCUGAGCCCAGAGCAGUUUUCUCAUCGGUAAAGGAAGACACUAGAUCUGUUCAAUCAGAAGUUUUCUCUUCAAAUGAAUCUGUUGGUUCCCAUUCAUCAGCUCCCUCAUCCAUUGGAGGAACAGAUGGGGAUAACGAUUUGUUUAUUAAGCAAGAACCGCAAGAAGAAUCCUUUAAAUUGUCGUUUGCUUCUGAAGCCGACAAUUUACUUCUUUCAACCUCUGUUACUGGCGACGAAUCAAAUGUUGCGGCUAAUUCUGAGGCUAAUUACUUGCAAUACCUUUCACCUAUUUCUAUUAACUCUCCUUCCCAUUCUUCCCCAAUCGACUUGACCUUGAACACUUUGGCCAACAACUAUGAAGGUGAGUUUGAAGACUUGCUCAAGGGAUCUAAUGAACCACUGAUAGCCUCAGCAUCAGAUGAUUCUACUUUUGGCUUGAAAUCAACUCUCCUUUCAACAGACUCUUUCUCAAAGAAAUCAAUCAUGUCAAGCAGUUCAUUUUCUGCUACCAACGCUCCCAAUUCUUCCAUAUAUGAUUACGUGGGGCAAAAUCCAGAAGUGAUUUUGUUUUCCUGCUCCAGAUUCAUGUGUUAUGCUUCAAAACAUAUCUUAAAAAGUUGUCUUGUUUAA